AUGGAGGGAGGUGCCAUCGACGCGCUCCUGUCCAUGGCACGUGGCUCGGAAUCGAGGCCUCUGCCGGAUGAGUGCUGGCAGCGGGUUUUGAGCAACUUGGAAGCGACGGAGCUCUCAGGAUGCAUCAGCUCUUCCUGCCAGAGGAUGUCGAAACUGUCGGAGAACCCAGAGCUCUGGCAAAUGUUGCUCCGGGUCGACUUCAGCGCAUCAUUUACACACCGAGCGAUGCUGCUGACAUGGAUGGCUAUGCAUCGGCAGUUCCAUCCACGGCAACUGUAUGUCUUCAAGCGUCGCGAACACCUUCUGGACCUAGAGAUUGCCCGAAACGAGCUCCAACAACGCGGCGAGCAGGCACGUGAGCAGGAACGGAAGCAGCGCAGACUUCGGGCACUGAAUUACUUCCUGGUGCGUUUCGGCCAUUGCCUCUUCUGCUUGGCGCUCGUGGCCAGCAGCACGCUCCUUUGGUUGAAACUGCUGGAGGUUCUGAACUCGUCCUUCUACAUCAUCCUGGCACCAUUCUUCGUUUUCGAGGCUUUCGUUUUGAUUUCGGCGGCCAUUACAUUCGCUAUCUACCUUCAGCGCAGCAGCACGGGCUGGACCUUCUACUGGAAUCGGUUGCAAGGCACAAUCAGGUGGUUCAUUCUACUGAGCUCGCCGUGCGAGUGCCUGCUGGUGCUCAUAUUUGGUUUGGCAGUGGUGCCAUUGACAGCCGCUACGCUUGAGAAGGAC